GGAUGGACACAUAGGAGAACAUACCGGGGAUGGACACAUAGGAUAACAUGCCGGGGAUGGACACAUAGGAUGGAACAUGCCGGGGAUGGACACAUAGGAGAACAUGCCGGGGAUGGACACAUAGGAGAACAUGCCGGGGAUGGACACAUAGGAGAACAUGCCGGGGAUGGACACAUAGGAGAACAUGCCGAGGAUGGACACAUAGGAGAACAUGCCGGGGAUGGACACAUAGGAGAACAUGCCGGGGAUGGACACAUAGGAGAACAUGCCGGGGAUGGACACAUAGGAUAACAUGCCGGGGAUGGACACAUAGGAGAACAUGCCGGGGAUGGACACAUAGGAGAACAU